AUGUCAUACAUUUCUGACUUUUUCGACAGUUUUGCGUCAUGCUUGACUUGUUUUCAAUCGCCAGCUCUACGCAUUAACAACCGCAAGUUCAAAAUCGUUAAAUUACUCGGUGAAGGUGGGUUCUCGUAUGUUUACCUCGUGCAAGAUAUCCGAUCAGACCAGCUGUUUGCUUUGAAGAAGAUUCGUUGCCCAUUUGGACAAGAGUCCAUUCGAGCGGCAAUGAGGGAAAUUGAAGCGUAUAAGCUUUUCAAGAGUGACUAUAUUAUUCGAGCGGUGGACAGCGCCGUAGUGCAAGAGAAAGAUGGGUCUAAGACAGUAUAUAUCCUGCUACCAUAUUUCGAAGAAGGCAAUUUACAGGACAAAAUCAAUGACAACCUGAUAGAUGGCUCAUCUUUCAAAGAGCAAGAACUAGUACAAUUGAUAAUAGACAUCUGUAAAGGAUUACGGGUUAUGCAUAACCAUCAUGGUACUGUCAGAGAUAUUUCAUCUCAAGAUGCUUUUUUAGAUCGUAUCAGCGAGACAGAUACAUAUGUUAUUGGCCAAGAAGAAGAAGAAGAAGAAGAUGAUGAUGAUGAUGAUGAUGAUGAUGACGACGAGGGGGACAAUGGCAUUGACACUCAAACCGAGGGUGAAGACGACAACGAUGGAGGUACUAAUGGCGGACCAUUGGCACGAGGAGGAGAUGGCAGUGAACAAGCUAAGAACAAGAAAAGAGAUUACUCAAGAAAUUCAAGUAACACAAACGUGUCGUCACAUGAAUCACAUGCUCUGCUGCUCAACCCAGACGAUACAGAUGGUGUCAAUGACGACCUUCCAGAAGGAAGCACGCCGCUGACGGAAAUAAUUCCUUUUGCCCAUCGAGAUAUCAAACCAGCCAAUAUUAUGAUUAGUCAUACUACUGGAAAACCCGUGCUCAUGGAUCUUGGCUCUUGCUCAAAAGCACGGGUCCACUUACGGACACGGCAACAAGCACUAGAACUACAAGAUCUGGCGGCAGAGCAUUGUACACUCCCAUACCGCGCUCCAGAGCUGUUUGACGUCAAGACAAACUCCUCGGUUGAUGAACGAGUAGACAUUUGGAGUCUCGGAUGCUCCAUUUUUGCAUUAAUGUACAGUGCGUCACCCUUUGAGCUCCAGAACUCAGAGACUGGUGCUAACCUUAGUAUGGCCAUUAUCAAUGGUCAAUACAAAUUUCCAACCACGCCAGUCUACUCCGACAAACUCAAAGAUCUCGUCAAGAUGUGUUUGACAGUGUCGCCUACUGACCGGCCAACCAUCGAUCAGGUUCUGGAAGCGGCAGAAGCUCUCGCUCAAUAA